CACUGUACACUGUAUCGUUGUUAUCAGGACAAAGUGAAAUGUUUAUCAGUCGCUGUACCUGAGUAGUGUGUACAGGUGAGACUGUCUGCUUGCAGUGCAGCAUCUUUCUACUGUCUACACCUGUCGGGAAGACUACAAUGAGAAGCCUACUUCUGCUGGUGUGCAUCCUCUUCCCGUCACGUGGUGUGGGUCAGCAACAGGCCAACCCAUGUGCUAAUGUCAACAAGAAUGCUGUGCCUAACGGUCCCCCAUUCCCGAGCCUACCCACCAAUGCCUUCAAGACCACGGUGAGAGCGCAGAUCAUGAACAAGCUGAUGAGCGUGGAGGCCACAGAAUACGUGGACGAGACACGCAAGGCCAGCGCCCUCUACAUCCUUCAAAACAUGACGACAGAAACUGUCAUCGCGCACUACGACAUCAACGAGAUUAUCGACAUCACAGACAAUCCCUUCCCCUCCUUUACGGUGGCGAUAAGCUGUGCUUCGCGACCAACGUGUCUUUAAGCUCUUACUCUGUUAUGUUUGGUGAGUCGCCAUCCCCGGGCUCCAAGAUGCCUCACUUCUUCUCAACGAGUGCAAUUCUGGGCAUUGCCAGCAAAAAUAAUCAGGUGUACAAAGGUGUGAAACCCAUUAAUGGUGUGCUGACCAAUCACUGGACCUCCUGCAUGUACUGGGACACCACCAACUCCAACUUCACAGUCGACUAUUAUUUUACCCUUCCCAACUACCCUUCUGCGAGUGGGUUGGCGCCUGUACCUGUGCUGGCGGUUGUGACGGGUACGACAUACCCCCCCAACCUGCCACCCCAUCAGUUCUCCCACAACUACCUCUACGUCAACUUCGAGCCGUACGUCGACGAUCCUGAAGAUGUCUUCAAUACGCCGCCAGGUGUGUUUUGCAUUGGCCGCAAGUCUCUCGUCCCCAUGCCCAACAUCAGCAACAGCUUCUACUACCGUGAGGAGAUUUCUAACCCCAGGGGUCUGGUGCUUACAGAAGUUACUAUUUGGUAUGAUUAUGAUUUGAAGAUGGUUCGACUUGAUUCCAAAAUUCGUCCCUCGGCGACAUCAAAGCUGCUUUCUCCACUAGGUCCUUACACCGUCAUUCAUGAUUACAACACAGGUGUGCAAUACGCCAUCGACAAGACAACUGGCCUCUGCAGCAUCGACCCUAUACCUGCCGACGCAACGGGCUUUGACGCCUCUUUGAACAUCACACGUGACACUCUGAGCAUGCGCAAUUCGCUGCAGUUCUUUAAUUUACAAGGGAACAUGACGUACGCUGGGGUGCGCACAGUGCGGGGCUUGCAGGCCGAUGUCUUCCAGAGGUUCACCAACCAGAUCCCUGGCCGCAAGAACGUCGUCUACGAGGUUUAUUUCUUCAAGAAUACUGAAGAAGAUACUGAUGUGGGCCAGGACGCGCAGUCCAACAGCCCCAACCCUGCCAUGAUCCUGGAGUGGGAAAAUGGUGUGCUGAUCAACCAGUACAACAUCCACGACUUUGAUCAAGAUUCGCCCCGAUACUCCGCCUUCGACAUCUCUCCCUGCUUCGAUGAAUCCUCUUCCGUCGACUUCGAGAUUGCUUUUCAAGUAUCCACCACCAAACCGCUUGUGAACAGAGAAGAAUUGUUCCUCGGGUGGCUGCGUCUGGGUAUCGCCGUACCCUUGACGAUCUCCCCCCUCCGACUGCAGAACACCCGAUUGCACUGGGAGGACUGGGAUAGCGGGGUGUACUUUCAGGGUACUCUCCUGGACAGGGCACCGUCCAUCGCAAGAUACGAGAAGCAGAGCAGGAAGGUGAUGCAGGGCAACGCAGGCAGGGUAACAACAGGGGUCACGCAGGUCGCGGCAUGUGCUGACCAGUGCAACCUACUGCAGGACUGGGACUGCACGGCCUUUGACUACUGUCCCCGCACAAGAACAUGCACCCUGGCUACCGCCCCGAGCCCCGGAACGUCCAUGACACUAGUCAACAACGCCAACUGCGACCACUACUCACGAGUGCUCGGCACCAAGUUUAACACCGACCCCACCCUGGUACAAGCCUGGAACAAUCUUCGCAACUUGGUGUACUCCAAGGGUCUGAGUGUGGAUGUGCCUCUGACUCCUGACACUGACAGUCCUUCUGAUGUCCCUCAGACACUAACACUCACUGCCCAGUGGAUUUCUAACCAAGUGAUGACCAGCGGGGACCGCGAUACUCAGAGUGCAAUCGUAAAGCAGUUCCGAGCGCUGCCAAUGACCAAGCUGGUGAGUCAAGACAACUUGUACCGCGGAAUGUCAGUCGACGACUGUGCGACGAUGUGUAAUGACGAGUUGACAUUCAACUGCCAGUCGUUCGCCUACUGCUCGGAUGCGGGUACCUGCUUCACUUCACACCUGCACCCGGAGGAUGGCAUCAACAUGACUCAGUCAAGUUCCGGCUGCGACCUCUACUUCAAGAACUACACGGCCAACUACCAGCGGUUCGACGGCGAGACCGUCCUGUCCAACUCGGACACCAUCUACCAGAACGUCUUCAGCGAGAACGGGUGCGCCAAGCUGUGCACGUACUACACGUCCUUCGACUGCAAGUCCUUCGACUACUGCCCCAACAUCGCCACCUGCUUCCUGGGCCGCCAGCACUUCUACGAUGUGCCCAAGGCCAACAUCCAGCAGGUGCCCACCUGCACACACUUCUCACGCAACUACCUCAACGACUUCACCCGCAAGAGCCGCACCGUCAUCCAGCUGCGCGACAACCGCAUCGUGACCGGCGUGACAGCGGCGGAGUGCGCCAAGAUGUGUGUGGAGGAGCCCACCUUCACCUGCCUCAGCUUCGACUACUGCGCCAACCACACCGAGUGCCGCCUGAGUGACGCCUCCGUCUCCAACACCGGACAAAUCACGCUUGAGGCCAGCGCCACCUGCAGUGUAUACAACCGUCAGGGGACAAGCUCCCAGACAUCAGGAAGUUCCAGCCAGCAGUCCAGUGGUGAGAAGAAUUUUAUUCCAGUUUCUGUUUCCUUUGUCCUUCUUACAACUACCCCUCGUCUGUCCCACCCGUGUACCUCUCUCAGCGUCCCUUCCUCCCCUUGGAUGCGUGUUAAAUGCACUUACAUGGCGAUAAGACUGACACAUUUUCUUUUAAUUACAGGCUCGAAGAGUAGCAGCUACACUGCAGGCGCCAUGGGAGGUCUGGGGAUCGCCAUGAUUGUGUGCGGGGCGCUGCUGGGGGUGGGGAUCCUCUUUCUGUUUCUCCAUCUCAAGAACAGGCAGGACGAUGGGAUGACCGUGCAGUUCAAAAACGAGGACUCUUGAGUGACGUCACCCAGGUCCUCCAAUCAGGAUGGAGGAACUCUGAGCACGUGUCUGUAUCUCACUGAACCUUAGGGUCACUGAAUGUGUUACAAGAUUAUUUUGUCAUCAGCGUUAAUGGUUUAGUGACCAUUGUCUACCCUCAAAUACGAGUGCAAUAAGUCUGUUAGCUCGCGAUUUAAUAAUAAUUAAACUUAAUUUAGAGGCUUUGGAUUAUGCAGAAAAAUAGACACGUAAAGUGUCCGUAUUCUUGCUAAUUGUCGUUUUUAUUAAUUCAAAUGAUGGUUAUUAUUAUUGUAUUAUACUGAUGUGGAAAUGUACUGCCUUUGUGUUGCUGUGUUGUUGUCCGCUAAGCUUUCACUAUCAAGCCUUUUGGCGAUGUAAGAGCUGUUAAAUGAUUGUCUUGUGACUGUUUACGAAACAUGCGAGUCAUCUACUGUUGUAUGAAAGCAAUGUUUAAAUUUUGUAAUAACUUGAAAUGUGUGUAAAAUGCUUGGAGCUCUUCAUUAAAAUGCUUUGAAAAAA